CGCGGGCGGGCAAACGGACGGCUCCGCCCAGCCGCGGGCUCUUUUGCUCCACCCCACUACCCCCGCCUUCGCGGCGCGCGCUUCCUCGCCCUCCCCACCUUUAGCGAUACCAACGAGAGGACACCGCCUGCAUCUAGAGCAGCCCGGCCAGGAGCGAACCCCAGUGGCGCGCGAACGUGCGAGGAAACCCGUGCGCGGCUGCGCUUUCCUGCCCCCAAGCCGUUCUAGACGCGGGAAAAAUGCUUUCUGAAAGCAGCUCCUUUUUGAAGGGUGUGAUGCUUGGAAGCAUUUUCUGUGCUUUGAUCACUAUGCUAGGACACGUUAGGAUUGGUCAUGGAAAUAGAAUGCACCACCAUGAGCAUCAUCACCUACAAGCUCCUAACAAAGAAGAUAUCUUGAAAAUUUCAGAGGAUGAGCGCAUGGAGCUCAGUAAGAGCUUUCGAGUAUACUGUAUUAUCCUUGUAAAACCUAAAGAUGUGAGUCUUUGGGCUGCAGUAAAGGAGACUUGGACCAAACACUGUGACAAAGCAGAGUUCUUCAGUUCUGAACAUGUUAAAGUGUUUGAGUCAAUUAAUAUGGACACAAAUGACAUGUGGUUAAUGAUGAGAAAAGCUUACAAAUAUGCCUUUGAUAAGUAUAGAGACCAAUACAACUGGUUCUUCCUUGCACGCCCCACUACGUUUGCUAUCAUUGAAAACCUAAAGUAUUUUUUGUUAAAAAAGGAUCCUUCACAGCCUUUCUAUCUAGGCCACACUGUAAAAUCUGGAGACCUUGAAUAUGUGGGAAUGGAAGGAGGAAUUGUCUUAAGUAUAGAAUCAAUGAAAAGACUUGACAGCCUUCUCAAUAUCCCUGAAAAGUGUCCUGAACAGGGAGGGAUGAUUUGGAAGAUAUCUGAAGAUAAGCAGCUAGCAGUUUGCCUGAAAUAUGCUGGAGUGUAUGCAGAAAAUGCAGAAGAUGCUGAUGGAAAAGAUGUAUUUAAUACCAAAUCUGUUGGGCUUUCUAUUAAAGAGGCAAUGACUUAUCACCCCAACCAGGUAGUAGAAGGCUGUUGUUCAGAUAUGGCUGUUACUUUUAAUGGACUGACUCCAAACCAGAUGCAUGUGAUGAUGUAUGGGGUAUACCGUCUUAGGGCAUUUGGGCAUAUUUUCAAUGAUGCAUUCGUUUUCUUACCUCCAAAUGGUUCUGAAAAUGACUGAGAAGUAGUAGAAAAGCAUGAAUAUGAUCACUGUAUAGGACAUGUGUUGUCAUUAUUUGUAGUAGUAACAACAUGUCUAAUACAGCUGUAUGUUUCUUUUCUAAUUUGGUGGCACUGGUAUGAUCACACAUUAAAGUUAGUACAUUUUUAAUGGGGGUAGUUUUUUUUUCUUUAAAACACAUGAACAUUGUAAAUGUGUUAGAAAGAAAAGUUUUAAGAAUAAUUUGCAAAUAAGGGAUAUAUUAAUAAAUAUAUGUGAUAAAUUAUAAAUCAUGAACAUUAGAAAUCUGUGUGGCAAAUAUUUUUGCUGAUUGGUUAAAAAAUUUUAACAGGUCUAUAGCAUUCUAAGGUAUGCAAAUGAUAUCUCUAAUUGUGAAUUUGUCAUUAAAAUAAAACUUUUAGCUGUAUGUUCCCUUUACUUCUAA